UUGUUUUGUUUCUGUGGUCCUUUAAUGUGCUGUCCUGGUGUCAGCGGGCCGAGCCGGGCCGCGCAGCGAGCCGUCGGGUGCCCGGCCGGCCCCAGGCGCCUUCCAGGCCCCGCGCCGCGAGCCCCGCGGGCUUGGACAGGGAUGGGGUGAAACACACGUGUUAGGAUGUGUGAGAGUCGUUGGUGAUCACGGAGCGCAAAUAAGCCCCGCAGCUCUGUGCUCUGUACAGGUAUGUCAUCCGUUAAGAUCGAGUGUGUUGUUAAGGAGGGCUACAGGAUCGGGGAGUCGCCUGUCUGGGAUGAGAAGGAAAGCUCGCUCCUCUUCGUGGACAUCACAGGCAGAAAGGUGUGCCGCUGGAGCUCGGUCACCAAGCAAGUGGAGACUGUCUCUGUGGAUGCUCCAGUGAGCUCUGUGGCUCUCCGGAAGUCUGGGGAUUAUGUCAUCACCCUGGGAACCAGGUUUGCUGCUUUGAAAUGGAAAGAGCAGUUGGUAACUACCAUUACUCAAGUGGACCAGGAUAAAUCUAACAACCGAUUCAACGAUGGGAAAGUGGACCCUGCAGGGAGGUAUUUUGCAGGUACCAUGGCAGAGGAAAUUAGACCUGCUGUGCUGGAAAGACACCAGGGCUCUCUGUACACACUGUACUCUGACCUCUCAGUGGUGAAGCACUUUGAUCAGGUGGACAUUUCUAAUGGGCUGGACUGGUCGCUGGAUCACAAAACCUUCUUUUACAUUGAUAGCUUGUCCUACUCAGUGGAUGCCUUCGAUUAUGACAUCCAAACGGGAAAAAUUGGCAGCCGUAGGAGUAUAUACAAAAUGGAAAAAGAGGAAAGCAUUCCUGAUGGGAUGUGCAUUGAUACAGAAGGCAAACUCUGGGUAGCUUGUUACAAUGGUGGGAGAGUGAUUCGUCUCGACCCUCAGACAGUAGACAAACAGGAAACAGCAUAUGUGGGGGUUUUUUUUCCCCAAGGAAAAAGACUCCAGACUGUCAAGCUUCCCGUUGACAAGACAACUUCCUGCUGUUUUGGGGGAAAGGAUUAUUCGGAGAUGUAUGUGACUUCUGCCAGUGAUGGGAUGGACAAAGAGUGGCUUUCACGGCAGCCACAGGCCGGCAGCAUUUUCAAGAUAACAGGCCUGGGGGUGAAAGGAGUCCCACCAUUUCCAUUUGCAGGUUAAACGUCUGCUCUUCAGAAUGGCUCGGAGAGGACUGACCUAGGCCAGACCAGUCAGAAAGUCUUUGUUCUGGUGUUCAGCAUCUAUUGCUUUUAAAUUGUAACACAAUUGUUAAUGUCUCAUCAGGGAAGGAUGAAGAACUACUGAGAUACAUGGAAUAUUUUAAAACUGAUUUUUUUUAGCUACCUCCCCUUUAAACUCUCCUACUUGAAAUGUCUGAUGAUGCUUUUCCUGUUGUGCUAAAAUGACUCUCACCCUGAUAAAUUACUGAGUAUUAUAACUUUCUUUUAUGAUUAAAUAAUGUUUUAAUAUAAUUUCUUUUUAUUGUUUAUUCUCCCACUUCAUUUGCAACAUGCUCUGUUGAUUUAUU